AUGUUAAAAGCAUUAAUAAAUAAAAUGAAAAAUAUUCGUUUUAUGAUUUGUUUGCUUUUUCUACCCUUUGCCCUCAGUACAUCAGUUAAUCUUGCAAGCGAUCUUGAGGUUACAGGGACUCUUUCCUGUGAAGGCAUUGAAGCAAGCUCUAUAAACACAACAGGCACGAUUUCUACAUCCCAAGAUAUAACAACUGACCAAGUUGAGACCUCAUCAAUAAUCUUAUCUGAGUUAUCGCUUGAUGAGAUAUAUGCAUUAAGCGACACAAUCACAAUCAACGCCAAUUUAAUUAUCAACUCUCCUUCGUCUUCUGAAAGCUCUUUUCUUGAAACCAGCUGGGUCUUAAGAGAUCACCAUGAUUUUGAAUUGGGAUCUCAUGGGUGGAGCCAUGAUAAAAGAAACACUUGUGAUGGGGAAGAUUUUUUUUUAGGCGGCCACUGUGCAUUUUCUCAUGAAGAAGUUUCGAAAAAAUUCAAGCUGCCUCCUCAUAACAUGGUAAAAAUUUCAGCUAAUUAUCAUAUGCUGGAUAAAUGGGAAGGAGAGACUGCUUAUAUGAAGGCAGAUGGGAAAAUUGUAUGGACUAUGACGGGAACUUCUCAUGAACAAGGAGCUGAUAUAUGUGGAGGAAAACAGCCUGAUGCGAAAUUUGCAGUUCCUGUAGAUGUAACUAUUCCUCAUAGUGGUGGGAUUUUGGAAGUUACAUUUGGCUCAACGCUAAAGGGAGACCCAUGCAAUGCAAGCUACGCAAUUGAUGAUGUGAUGGUUUAUUUGCGUUAA